CACAACCGGAACUCGUGUUCUUGCUUAGCAUUGGCAAGCUUGGUACUUUUCGACUCGAAAUGCUGACAACGCCAGACCUAGCCAUCCUAGGCCGUCCCAAAAUCCAUCUCCGAAAUUCUUGCCCAUGAAGGAUGUAAACCCGGAUUUGUAUGGACAUGGAACUGAACAGCGUGGGGGGAAAACGCUAUGAGCAGCACGAUGGCUGGCAGGCGCUGCGGCUGGCACAGCGUUUGCAUCUGCCAUCCUCGCCCGGGCCGCUCCUCCUUUCCUGCAAUGACGUAAAUGGGGAGCUCCUCGGCGGGCACGACAACCGCGCCCUUCAUACCUUUGUGCUUUGCAGAUGUCCCGCCUGCUCGGAGCCCUCUGCCUCGGGCGGCACCAGCAGCCGCUCCGGUCGCGGCGGCUCCAAGGGCGGCUCCACCCGCAUCGGUCCUCAGUUCAACCUGGAGGACUGGUUCGUACACUGCCAGGGGCCCGACUGGGAGGAGCCGCUGGCGCUGCGGCAGCGGCACCAGGCUGACCGGAUGGUGAAGAAGGCGGU